UUUCAUCCCGCCUAUUUCAAUUCAUCACUUCUUCAUAACUUGAACAGCAUGACAGGUAUCGAUAUCACUGUCUUCAAAGGCUCCUCCAGCGGCAAGAUCGUUGAGUCGACAAACCACAAAGACGGUCUCAAGUCUGACGAGGUCCUCCUCAAAAUCACUCACGCCGGCCUUUGUGGUACAGAUCUGCACUACAAGACUGAUGACAUGGUUCUCAGCCAUGAGGGAAUCGGCAUCGUGCAGGAGGUUGGUUCCGAGGUCACCACCUUCAAAAAGGGCGACCGCGCUGGCUGGGGAUACUUGCAUAACUCCUGUGGGCAUUGUGACGAGUGCCUCAGUGGAAACGAGAUAUUCUGUCCAGAACGCGCCAUGUACGGGUUCGCUGAUAAAGACCAAGGCGGGUUCGCCUCGCACGCUGUCUGGAAAGCCGGCUUCCUCUUCCAUAUCCCCGAUGCGAUCUCUUCUUCCCAUGCAGCUCCUCUUAUGUGCGCCGGCGGAACCGUCUUCAACGCUAUGCACCUCUAUGGCAUGUUACCCACCGAUCGGGUAGGCAUUAUCGGCGUUGGCGGCCUCGGACAUCUCGCUAUCCAGUUCGCUGCGAAGAUGGGCUGCCAGGUCGUGGUGUUCUCCGGGACAGAAGAUAAAAGGGAUGAAGCGAUGAAACUCGGCGCGACUGAGUUCUACGUGACGAAGGACGUGCAGGAACUCAAGAUAGGGGCACCCCUCAAGCACCUCUUCGUCACAGCAUCCAAGCAGCCUAACUGGGAUUUCUACCUCAAUAUUCUCGCGCCGCGUGCCAAGAUAUACCCGCUCACUGUGUCCACUGAUUCCAUCACCUUACCGUACAUGCAGUUCGUCGUUAAUGGCAUCACGCUCCAGGGCAGCAUCUGCCCUUCGCGUGGAACGCAUGUCAAGAUGCUGAAGUUUGCAGCACUUCACAGCAUCAAGCCCAUCGUUGAGGAGUUCCCGUUGACUAAGGCUGGUAUAGAGAAGGCGAUGGGGAAACUUGAGAAUGGAGAUGUGAGGUACCGUGCGGUUUUGGUCGCUGAGAAGUGACAUUGUAAGUGAAGGUGACG